AUGUCUCGUCCACAAGUUACCGUUCAAUCUCUAACCGGUGAAGCUACCUCUAGCUCCGUGCCUUUGCCAGCUGUCUUCCACGCUCCAAUUCGUGCUGACAUUGUUCACUCUGUCUUCACUUCUGUGAACAAGAACAAGAGACAAGCUUACGCUGUCUCUGAGAAGGCUGGUCACCAAACUUCUGCUGAAUCCUGGGGUACUGGUCGUGCUGUCGCCCGUAUUCCAAGAGUUGGUGGUGGUGGUACCCACAGAUCUGGUCAAGCUGCCUUCGGUAACAUGUGUCGUGGUGGUCGUAUGUUUGCUCCAACCAAGACAUGGAGAAAGUGGAACGUCAAGGUUAACCACAACGAAAAGCGUUAUGCUACUGCUUCUGCUAUUGCUGCUUCCGCUGUCGCUUCUUUGGUCUUGGCUAGAGGUCACAGAGUCGAAAAGAUUCCAGAGAUCCCAUUGGUUGUCUCCAACGAUUUGGAGUCUGUCAAGAAGACUAAGGAAGCUGUUGCUGCUUUGAAGGCUGUCGGUGCUCAAGCUGAAUUGGUCAAGGUUCUAAAGUCCAAGAAGUUGAGAGCCGGUAAGGGUAAGUACAGAAACAGAAGAUUUACUCAAAGAAGAGGUCCAUUGGUCGUCUACUCUGAGGACAACGGUAUCGUUAAGGCUUUCAGAAACGUUCCAGGUGUCGAAACCGCUAACGUUGCUUCCUUGAACUUGUUGCAAUUGGCUCCAGGUGCUCACUUGGGUAGAUUCGUUAUCUGGACUGAGUCUGCUUUCGCUAGCUUGGACAAGGUCUGGGGUUCCGAGACUGUUGCUUCUUCCAAGUCCAACUACUCUUUGCCACAAAGCAUCAUCACCAACCCAGAUGUCACCAGAAUCAUCAACUCCUCUGACAUUCAAUCCAUCGUUAGACCAGCUGGCCAAGCUACCGUCAAGCGUACUCACGUUUUGAAGAAGAACCCAUUGAAGAACAAGCAAGUCUUGCUAAGAUUGAACCCUUACGCCAAGGUCUUCGCUGCUGAAAAGUUGGGUUCCAAGAAGGCUGAGAAGGCUUCUAACAAGCCAUCUCAAGUCUUCUCCGAGACUUUGAAGCACGAUUAA